AUGAGUCAUGCUCCAUCAUUAAAUACUGUUAAUUUAAAUGAUCAAAAAUCUCUGGAAGAAAUCAUUCAUAAUACGAUUCGCAAACAUAUGGAAAUAUCGCCUUCACGAAAACGCAAACAGCGUCAACAACUCAUUCCGCGACAUGAUGGUGAAUGCCUCACGUCAUCCGAAGCUAUGGCGCGAUUAUUAGAGAAGGAAAAGGCUAAAUCUCAAAAAUCAGAAAAGAAAAAGCGUAUAAUAAAGCAAAAGUCCAAUACGAGAAAGAAAUUAAGCGGUUUAAUGAACUGUCAUUUCUCAACUCCAACUAGUACACCAACAUCAAUAAGUACCGAUAUUCAUUGCGCAACUUCAACAUUAAAUGAUUCUUCGGCUAUCAGAACUCCACAACGUUUAUCUCUGAUCAAUUUAUCUCCUACGAAAUGUGUUUACCAUCCACCUAUUAGUAACAGUCUGUAUCCAGCGAUAUUGUAUGGUUCACCAACUAAUUAUGAAAGAUUGAGUACUCAAAACAACGGAAAUACAGUUAAAUCAACUACUAGUGACGAAUUUAUUACAUCACCAACGAGUAUCGAUGUCGAUGAAUUAUCAGUUUCUGAUUAUAACCAAUUGCGCUACACGAAAUAUCAAUACUGUAGUGUCAAAUCAUUGUUCUUUCUAGAUAAGUCGCAGUUAACAAUAUGGGAUAAUCACCCGUGGCCUUCUGAAACAUUCGAACGUUUACUUGUGUCGGCGCCUAAUAUUCACUUGUUACGAUUAAACGGCAUUAAUCUCCUUCGUUUACUCAAAAGUUCAGAUCAAAUUCGUGAACGUCUAGCAAAUAUGAUAAUCAAAGAGCUAGAUUUAAGUGGUGACAAGAAAGUCUGGUCAACUGACAAUGUUGAAUUAUUUAUACAUAUUUUUUCAAAUUUGGAAACAUUUAGGAUUUAUAAUGUUCGCACUGCUAAUGAAUUUUAUGCUAUCAUGCCAAUAAUUCUUAGAAAGUUCACAAAAUUAGUAACAUUAUCGGUAUUCUUGACAUCACGUCCGUUUUUACCAUCAAAAUCCUUUCUGGAAAAUCGGCUACAAGAGAACACAGCUAAACUAAACUUUUAUUUGAUAUGUUCAAAUGUUGUCCAUAUAUGGCUCUAA